AUGACAAACUCGUCUGUCGGCCCGAUCAAAUCAUCAAUUCUUCUUCUCUUCUCUGAAAACUCUUCAUGGCGCCUCUGACUCGCGCUCAGCGGGCAUGUCUACUUCGACGACAAUAUCGAUUUGGAGCCCCAAGAUGAGCAAAUCACACUGUCUGUCGAUGGACGAAGGGGAACCUUAGCUGGUCUGAAUUUGUCGCCUCGAAAGCGUCCUCGCACCCACAAGGUUGAAGAAGCCGACCCGCAACUCCAGGGCUGGAUGCCCUUUCCUGAAGACGACGCAGAGGAGCUUGACGCCAUAGCGUCCACCAUAUCUUCCUUCGACGUUAUUCUUGAUGAAGAACUGACCAAACGAAAGCGGUACAAUUCUGUGCGUGAAAAAAAAUGCUUAUAAUACACACUCAUCUGUCUCAGGAUGAUCCAAUGCUCAUGUGGAAGCGCAUUGCCCCAGUAUUCUUAGAAGAGCUCGCCCGGCACGACGGUUUGGGCGGCCGAGCUCACUGCAAGCUGUGUUUAGCCCCCAUAACUGAGACCGACCAUCGGUUCUUUCGCUGUCAACAAUGCGGCGACCACAUUCUUUGUGAGGGUUGUGUCAAAAAAGAGCAUGCUCGGCGUCCCCUCCAUACGUUGCAAGUAAGCUACAUUACACUUUCUAUCCUUCACUUUUAUUGACGGCUUCCUUCAGGAAUGGACCGGACAGUUCUGGACCCGAAGUUUCCCUCUAUCACCGCAAAACUAGCGGUGAGGGCGUCAAUGGCCUCGGAGAAUUGCAUCAACUGGGCCACGAUGGAGAUGUUUGCCCAUUCCCUGGCGCCAGACGAGCCAUGGUGGUUAUCGACAUGAACGGCAUCUACAACGUGGACGUUCAAUAUUGUGAUUGCAACAACACCAAUGGCACCGACACUGUGGAGCAAUUACCCGCAACUGUUGGUAUCCGGCGACGGUGGUCAGUCCUGCGACCUGUGCGACCUUUGCGGUGCUUGAGCACUUCCGGUUGCUGCGGGCUCUUGGCAACGUCACCACACCGAUUUUAUCCGUGCAUUAGAGAGGCAACAAGACCCAACUCAGACCGAGGAUACACCUGUGAGUUGCUUAGUGAUUGCAUGGUUGCUGUUUUCUGAGAUGGCAUAACUUACAGGAUCGAUACAAGGCUUUUGGUCGUAUGGCUAGGCAGUACGACUUCUUAAAACGCAUGAAACGGGCAGGGAGAGCUCACGAGCCUGGCGGGAUGGUGUCAACGAAGCCCGGGAGGGCUAGCCGUCCUUUGUUGGGCUUGUCCAGACGAAGGUCGCAAUUUGCCGGAAGGCUGGCAAAAUGUGAAAGAGCAAAACAAGUCUGUUUUGCUGUGAACUCCACAUCUACAAACUCACGUCUCUCAGAUACCUGUAUAAGCUCAUGCUUUCUAUCGACGCAAACUUCUGUUUGAAGAAUCGCCUGCGUGCCAACGAACGUGACGACCCGUCUCUAGGACCAGGACUGGGCUAUUUCGUGGAGUCGACGGCCUACAAGGAACACCUCAAGAAUUAUGUGGCGGAGAAAGACGCAAGUAGUGUUCUCGUUAAUGACAAUUAUACUAAUCAGGUUCAGGUCAGCUCUUGCGUGGCCUUCGCGGCUUUACUCCAAAAAGAGACACGUCUCACGACUGGUCUUCGUGUCUCCGGGGUAGCGGGCUGUGUCUGUUCUCGACAUGGUCUAGUGCGCCGAAGAGGACUCGGCGAUCUUCAGAAGGGCGAAAGAUAUGCGAAUGUGGACUGGAUUGUCGCCUGCACACUCUGGAUGGAGAAGUUACUCAGCUAUGGGUUUGCAUAUGACAUUAUUUGCCAAUGGAUGGUGAACUUUUUCCAACGCAUCGAAAAAAUACGGAAAGGCAAUGCGGAUACCAGCAAUUUAGCCACAGAAUUCGAAAACGUCGACAUCCAGUUUGGCCUUCCAGUUUGGCAUGCUGGCGCCCAUGAGCUUCAAUGUCGAGCGCAACUUGCCCUUGCCUAUCUCCUGGGAAUUGGCAAAACUGACGGGGAGGCAAUGGAGCGCGUUUGGGCAAGCCUCAAUCCUGCAAGCUGGGCGACUAAGGAGAUGGGGGAAGGCGCACGAUUAGAUGUCUUGGAGGAUCGCAUCGAUCAGUUGAAUUUCGAGAAAAACAUCCACUUAGGCAAGUGUCCGAUUUAUGAAAUCUCCAACUUCGCACUGACGAUCAAGAAAAGAAAAGAGUGGAAAAGUCGCAUGGAUGCCUGGUACAAGGAUCCGACGUCGAACGCUAGCCCAUUUGUCAUAGUUGGUGGGCAGGAAGAUGGACCGAGUGAACGUCAAAUCGUGGACGAGCUUAAGAAGGCUGAAGUCGAAGAAGCUCGGGCUGGUCAUGCACCGCUCUUGGAGGGGACGAAGACUGUGGUUGCAUUCAUCAAAGCUGGAUUACAAUUGCAACACAUACAACGGAAGAUUCAAGCGACUCUUAAGAGCAAGACCUUGACCGCCGACCGUGCGAGCCAAGUUCAAGAGCUCCGAGUGUCUUUUCUCAAACAAUUGCGCUCGUUUCAACAUCUGCAACUCACCUACAUGCCUGGCAUUGAAACUCUGCGCGAAGCUGACGAUGCGAAACGCGACGUGAACGAGCCCGAAUGUCAGCCUGAAUAUAUCAAGUUAUAUCUUCCCUCCGAUCUUACGGCCGAGCAGCGCGGUCAAUUACACCUCUCGCGCGUUAUCGAAACAGAAGCCAGAGUUCGGUGUGGGCAAUGUGCAGAUGCCCUCGUAACGCUGCGAACUCACCUCUAUGCGCAAAUGCAUAUGAUAUGGUUUCGUGACCGCCAUAUGGUUGGGCAACGAGCACGUACAAGGUCGGCGACGUUGAUGUCGCGAUUGGCAGAGGCAAUAGCUCGGAUCGUGGCAGCUUAUCGAGCGAAUCAAGCCGCCAUCGUUGCUCUAAAAGGACCGGGUUUUGCGCCUGAGUUCAAAAGGCUCAACGACGAGGAUAUCAAUUGUCGAUGGGUCAAGAAAGACACGCAGCGAGCCGAACACCCGCCGAGGUUACGAACCGGGUUUCUUGGAUUUGGCAUGGGUCCAACAAAGGCAGCGAGGUUCAUGAUUCAGCGAUGGGAGGAGGAGGUCGAAUUGUUGCGAGAGGAAAUGAAGCGAGUCCUGCGGUCGCUCCGAUGGACGCAGAAUCAGUGGCAGGUUCGUGCUGACAGGCAACGGGACGACGUCAACAUGCAUGUUGCUGCAGGCCUACGGGCCUAUGCAUUGCGGCAGGUAGACAUUCAUCGACGGAUGGCCGAGCGCUUCUACUCCGAAUGGGGUAGAUCCCUUGCAAAUGCGGUCCGAGCCGUUGUCAAGGAGGAUGAAGGUGUUUUGGAUGGUGCAUUCGAUGGACUUACAGACAAUGACAUGCAGAUUCUCUGA